AUGUCACGCGAGAAGAGCAAAUCGAGCAGGAGCUCUAAUGUUCUCCCCGGAGAGGUUGAUUUACUCAUUGACAAAAUAGUUGAAAAUUAUAAAAUAAUAUCCUGCAAAUUCACCGAUUCGAAGACCAAUGAUAAAAAGAACCAGGCAUGGGCUUAUAUCACGAAGUUCAUGAACAGCAGGUCAACAAUCAGCCGAACCGAGGACCAAUGGAAGAGGAAGUGGGGGGAUGUGAAGGGGAAAGUGAAAACGAAGGCUACUCAAGCAGCAACCCUGCUGAAGAAAACCGGCACCGUAUUGGUUGUUGAGGACGAGAUCAGCGACAUAAGUCUGAGUCCGCCGCCUUUCGAUCGUAAACGGUUCCGCAGAAGUCCGUCACCACGUCCUCGUCAAAGCCCACUGAGAAAAAGUGCUAAACAACCAUUGAAGAACGUCGUACAAACGAAACUAGUUCAUCCUAGAAGAAUACCAGCUGCUGCUGGAUCCGCCGCCCCGGGAAGAAACGAGCAUACUGACGCCCAGCUAGAUGAACUACCGGACAUAAUCCAUCCAAGGAAAGGUCGAAACCCUUCGUGUUCUGAGGCGUCAAGAUCAAUAGAUGUUGACUUUGCAAUUGGAGAGCGUAAAAGCAGUGUAGGUGAGCUGGAGAUGGAACAACUUCAGUUAGAAAAGGACAAGCUCGCAGUGUACAAGGAGAGGCUCGAGAUUGAAAAGGAGAAGCUACAGAUGAAAAGGUGCAAUGGCGCUGAAGCCGAGAUCGGCAAAUAG